CGAUUGCCCACGCGUGUGCUGCUCCGCCCCACGUCGACGCGAAUGAGCGUCGAUGACAGCCCGGAGCGGAUGCAGCGUCUACGGACAAAGGUCGCACGAGAACAGACACGAUCUGCGUCCAAGGAGAUUGUGGAGAUGGUCAACUACAUUGUCUUUCUUGGCGUCUUCCUCGCCGCUACAUUCUACGACCGCAACGACAACUCGUACGCGACGCGGACGACGUAUGUGUCCCAGCUCCAAGACAAACCUCUCGCGCGGUCGUCCGCGUUCCGCUCGUUCUACACCAUGUCGUCCGUCCGCGACCUGCACGACUACCUUCAGGGGCCAUUCUACGACGCCGUGUACCGCGCACAAUCGUUCGACGGCGACACGACGUUUCCACCCGGAAUGCUCUACAACGGCAGGGGAUUCCUCGCUGGUUACGGUCGCAUCGUCGGGGCGAUUCGCAUCGGACAAAGUCGUGUGGAUGGUUCGACGUGCACGGGGACGCUCGCGCGAGUCCCCAGCCUCUUCCCCGUGCAGCCGCACGACGACUGCUACCCCGAACUGACCGCGACCACAGAGAGCGUUGCGCCGUUUGGGGCCCCAAACGGAUCGGUUUACACCGCCCGGACGACCGUGCCGAGCGAGCCGUACUUUGUUACGCGUAGCGCAAGGGUGUACGGCUCACCCCGGUACGUGAUCGAGAUCCCGUCGAUGGAGCGCGUCGGGGUUUGCGACGCGGCGACAACGAAGCAGGGUUGUCCCGUAUUCGACCAGCUCGCGUCCCUGGCCACCCACAAAUUCGUCGACAUUGCGACGCGCGCCUUCUUCAUCGACUUGACGACGUACAACCCCAACACGGACGAGCAGACCACGGUGCGACUCAUGGUCGAAAUGACCAAGGGCGGCGGGUUCGCCCCCCAAGUUGAGUGCAUGAGCUACCGCCUCUACCGCAACCAUACGUCGUCCGAUAUGGUCCGCCUCGGUCUCGAAUUCCUCGUGCUGUUGCUGGUCGCCGUGCAACUUCGCCACGAACUCCACUUGCUCCGACGCAUGAAGUGGGCGUACUUGGCCAUGGUCGCGAACGUGGCGCACUUGUUUAGUUUGAUCGUGUUCGGCCCACUCAUGGCGCUUCGUGUGAUGUGCUAUGUGCACUUGCCAUCCCCGACCGCGAUCGACCUCGACGCGUUCACAAACUUUCGAUCGUCGAUCUGGUACUACGCCCUCGCCGACGCUAUCACGAGCUUUACGUUUUUUCUGUCGUGGCUCAAACUGUUCAAGUUCCUCGCAUUCUUGCCCCUGUUUGCCCCGCUCACCAAGACCGUCACGAAAGCGCUCAAGCAAGUCGCGGGGCUCAUCCUCAUCUUUGGCGUCGCGCUCAUGGGCUCUGCGCUGUCGUUUACAAUGGCAUUUGGAUUGGAUGCGGAAAAUUAUAAGACAGUGGCCGACAGUUGCUUGGGCUUGCUCAAGAUUCUUCAAGGGGAGCUCGAGUUCGAAGAGCUCCACUCGUCCAAUCGCGUGCUCGGCCCGCUCUUCUUUGUGAUCUUCGUCACGCUCAUGUUUUUCGUGAUUCUGAACAUGUUUAUUGUGGUCAUUUCCGACGGUACGUAGCUGGCGUGGCAUGACCAGAACUGGCGUCAAUCGGUGGCGGUAGCGUACGUCGAGACGAAGGGCGAAUUGGAGCUGAUGCAUGCGAUGCACAUCGACACGUUACCGAGGCAAAUGAUGCACCACCUCGUCUACAACGGCUUGUUCAAGCUCCCAUGGUGCGGGCGGCGGCUGGAGCGCCGGUACGGCCACGCGUUCGACACGCUCAGCACGGUGUCGGAUCAAGCACACGCGCUGGAGAUGUGCCACAAGACGCACGCGACGACCGACGUCGUGCAUGCGAAGAUCGCGCUCUACGCGAAAUCGAAAUGCCAUGACCUGCAAGCUGACCAGGUUCUCCGGUCACGCCAAGCCAUCGACGACUAUUGCCAUCAACUCAAGGCGCUGCGGGCGUCGCUGUCUUGCGAGGGGCACCGAUGACGGCGUCCCCAGCCUAGUAUCGGACUCAUUAGCUAUUUAAUCUCGAAACAGUCGCGUCUUGCCG